AUUUUACUCCAAAAUAUUUUAGUCUCUUCAUUAAUGUUUCGUUUAAUUUGGUUUUUUCAUUCGUCGCUGAAUGUGUCUUCAAUCGCGGUUUGUCUUUCAUCGUAGUUUUGGCCCCAUCAGGACUUAUAAAAACACGCAAAUUAGCAUGUUAAGGGGGAGUCUUUUUCGAGAAUCAACGAAAAUGAUUUUGAUAGAAGAAAAAUACUAUACUCAUUACAAAUUCUCCAUCUUCUUAGCAUGAUUGAAAGCCACGAGUUGUUGACAAUGUUUGAGCUUUUGACCUUGUUUGUGGGAAUUCGAUAAUUUUUGUUUUCAGUAAAAUAUUUACAAAACAAAUCAUUCUAGCCGAAAGUCUGUUUUGUACCUAUAUUUUGUUACUUUGACCCGUCAUUGUUUAUCAAAAAUCUUACUGGGAGGUCGUUUAUAACGAUAAAGAUUUCUAUGUCCUGAGUCAAGAGAAUGGAAAGAUUCUAAUAUGAAAAUAAAUAUCGUUUAUCUAAUUAAGAAUGACAUUUAUCCAAACAGGUAGCUUUUUAAAAAGAAAGCGUUAACCUAAAUCCUGUUAAAUAUAUACUUGCUGAAGAAAACACAUUUCUUUUUAUACAGGAUUAGGAAUAUCAAAUUAUAGUGUAACUAAGUUUUCAAAUGGUUCACUGUUUAAAAGAGUAAAUCGAUGGUUUGAGGCAGACGAUCAAACACAUAAAGGUUAAAAGAAUAAUUUUUUAUAUAUGUUAUGGUAUGAGAUAAACCUCUGAAAUAAUAUCUCAUUUUGCGAAAUGUAGAAAUUAAACGUUUUAAUAUUCACAACUAAUUAAACAAGUUCAUCAAUGUUAGUUUGUCGUUAAUGAUAUUGCACAAUCUGGAGAUUUUACAAUUUACAAUUAAUUUUACAAGAUUCUUUCCAUUUUAUUGACCAUUAUGUUGAUAAGCGUAACCCUCAAGCUAACGAACAGAUCUGUAUAGGAAAAACUGUAGACUCAAAAAGAUGUGGGACCGAGGACAACCUCACCAGAUGGGGCAGAAUGUUUCGUUUUCAGGAACAGUUUUAGGACGUUCCGUUUUAGUGUCAAAGUUGAAGCAUGACUAGCCAUAUGGCUUAACACAGCCGGAAAUUUUUUGCCCGUGUUUUUCGGUGGAAAAGAAUACGUAUGUUUGUUUGUUUGUACUCCAGAACACCUUCAAUCAGGGACGCCGGAGAGGGGGGCGCGGGGGGGCAACCGCCCCUCUUGCCCUUUGUUAGGAGGAGCAAGGGGGCCAAAGUGCUUUUUUCAUUAUAGUGACCUUAUUUUCGGCCAUUUGUAAUUAUCAAAGAAAUUCAUAUCAAAUCCUGAAUUUUUUGAAAAAUUUAAUUGCAAUUUUGAUAGAUGAGAUAGGGCUGCAAAGCUGACUAUUAACAAUAUUUGUUCACAAAUACCAAACUGCAAAUUAAACGCAAUUAAUCUCAUAAAACCACAAAUAGUAACCAAAAAUCACCAGACCCUUUUCUUUAUUAUGCUCCUGUUUUUGAUGAGACAUUAAUAGUAUCGUCAACAUCACGGCCGAUGAAGUUUACGAAGAUCAAUAAAUUUCAUACUGGAGAUACGUAACAAAGCUUGCAGUGGUUUGAUUGGAGUUAUAUACAAGAGGCGGGGAUCAAAUUCGGAACCUUGUGUUAACCCAAUACAUAUAUAAAAAUUUCCAAGUGGCACUUGGACAACACGAUACACACUCACUUUUUUUAUAAGAAACAAAGGUCGAUGUUGAGCACUCCAGUUUCUUAAUGUUCCUGAAAUUUCAAUACUUAUUGUUUCUAAAGAGUUUCUUAAUUAUGAUGUCAUGAAUGAUGUUAUGAAAUGUUCAUGACCUCUUUUAUCACGUCAAGAGAUUCGCCUCCGUUCCGAUGCUGUAUUUAGAUGUGGGAAGUAUGUUUUCAUCCCUUGUGUUUUAAGUUCUAGGCCAACAGGGCAAUAAUGUUCUUGGAUUUUACAAAAUUUCGUUGUUCUUAGUUUUAUCACGAUUUUAUAGUCUCUUAAUAUUUUUGCUUCGAGUACUGAAGUUUCUCAACUUUUUCUGACUGUACAAUACUCGUUUCUCAUAGCCAGUUUCUAAAAAAAUGAGUGUAUUUCUAUGCAGUUUUGCUUUCCGGUGUGAUAGUUUGCUAAUCAGAAAGGAUUUAACAAAGAAAAUCGAAAUGAUUUCAUAAUACUGGAAUACUUCUGUUAAGAUGAAAAACGAUCACGAUUGCCUUAGAAAAAAAGUUGGGACUUUUCCGUUCCUAUUUCGUAAUGUUUACAUAGCUGAUAUCACUAGGCCAUUACUUCUUUACUACUUAGGUACUGAAAAAUUGCUGGAUGAACUCAUGGCUCUUCCUUUUCCUUUAGUAGUUUGCAGAGUCUGGCAUGCAGUGACGUAGCCAGGGUGGUAAGAUUGGGGGGAGGGGGCAAAGGCGAGUUGAGCUUUAUGGAAAAUGGGGCCCACACCUUUCGGAAGGCAAGAUAACGCACUUUUUCAAAUAUAUCUUUUGUCGUUUGGGGGGAGGGGGAUAUCGUCCGCCCCUUUUGCCUCCACCUCACUACGCUACUGCUUGCAAGUGUUCUUUGCGAGUUAAGAUUGCAUAUCAUGUUAUUUGUAAUUCAAGAUGGGUCUCCUAGCAUGAACACGCUUUAAGCUAAACAGAGACAAUCAAGAAGGAAACAAGAUUUGUUUUUCUUGAUAAACAUGAGGUGAGACAUUUGUGAGAAUUUUAAAUGACGGUAAAUGACAGAAUGCGGUUUAGGUAGACAGUACCAAAAUCAUUCCAAGCUUUAUAAACUAUUUGUUGGCCAUUAAAAUUUGAUUGCAGAGGGAAAGAAAAUUGAGCUUUCUCACUAAUUUAGCGUUUUCUUGGUACAGCAACAUGCUGUUUUGACAUCCAGGAAAAUGUUUUGAAGAAUAAGAAGGAUAUAUUGUGCAGCUGUGGUUUUCCGUUUAGUUAUCCGAACGUGAAAAAUGAGAACUUCAAAUCAAAGAGGCAGAUGAUGACAAUAAUGAUGAUUAUGAUGAUGACGAUUCAUUGCAUUUUGUUUCCGCGACAGAAAACGUGGUGUUGCAAGUCGGUGGGAUCGAGUCUCGCACGUCGAUUACCAAAACAAACGAAUGCUGGAGAUGUCAUUGCCAACAGAUUUUGAAGAACACACAGUGACUGAAAAUUUUUACGAAGCAUUGCUUAAUAUGCAGAUCUAGAAUCAACUGCCUGCGCAAAUAUUUGCUAGGCCAAUCAAGCUGCGGUGAAUGGUCUUUUUAGCGACCAAUUUGAGUAUUUUCCAAGUAAAUUCAUUGACAAACGUGUCUUUAAAGAGCAUUUAGUGUGGAAACAAGACAAGAAGGAACUGAACAUCGCAAUGUGUUGUGGUGAAUGGGAAAGGGAAGGUGCUUCUGCGGAAUCUUUUUAACGAUUUGAGACAGAGGAGAUGGAUGCAAAAAUCAAAUCAGAAAACAAUGUAGUAAAAGACAAAACAGCGCACGGGAAAACGGAACAAAGCAUCAGAUUGAUGAAAUCAGCGCGCGGCUCUGAUUCUGCUUUGAAGCGGGACAAACUUGCCUCAGGGAACUUAAUAAAAAGAGCACCACGGAGAACGAAUGCAGAAGCAAAUGUUGAAACGUCAAGAAGUCGUGCGGCACAAAACGGAACAACAAAUACGCCAAAAUUUAUCAGCCAGCGAUCCAGAACGAUGUCAAAUCUAGAGAUUUGCAGUGAUGUCAAAAGGACAGGAGAAAGAUCUACAAGUGGCAACCAUAAAAGCCGCGGCAGCAUUGAAAAUGACAUUGUAGGUUCCAGGCCUCGUAGAAAGAUAAGCGGUUCUGCGGUUAUUUUGCAGCGACCUCGAGCAGGAACGUCAUUUUCAGACACGACGUCACCGCGAAUCGCUGAGGAGAACGCGAUCAGCAAUAAUCGUUCAGUCGAGGGAGACGACGGUUAUGAUCAGGUGUCCUUGGUCUCUGUUGAAGAAGAGCCGGUUGGGAAUAUGAGCAAGAAACGACUGGGACGAACUAAAAGUGGACCUUUGAGGCAGGUGCUUGAUAAUGGCCGCGAGAUUGAUCAAAUUUUGGGAAGCGCACGGAAAACGAGGAGCUCGUCCGAUGUCGAUGUGUGGAGAACUCGGAAAAUUAGCGCAGGCUGUUCUGAAAGGAAGGAGAUUAUCGAGAAGUAUAUAAAAGACAGUCCGGAAACGAACAAGAGCAAGGAUACAUCGAAUCCGAAUAUUCAAGAAGACAAUAAAUCGGACCAACCCAAAAGUAAUGGUAACAAAAGUGUUAACCGAGGCUGGGGUUUAUUGAGAAAGAAGCUUUUAGAAGUGACAAACAAAACGAGGAAAGUGACACAAUAGUUGAGCAAAAUGAGCAGAGUGAUAAACUAAAUGAUGACGAGGCGACGGCAGAGUAUUGGAAAAUGCUUCGAGAACGUCUGCGGAACUGCAAACCAGCUGAUAUUGUUGCGAGUUCUGAUGUUGGAGAGAUUACCAAAAGGAAACAAGACAUUGAACGGCGUAAAAGUACAAAUAGGCUGAAAAACGGAAGGAACUCUUUCUUUGAGACUGUUCUGACGGCGCAUGAAUUAUCGAAACAAGGCAGGCUGGAUACUGGACCUAAAAGGAAGACAAGCACGUCAUUAUCCACAAGAAGUGCGAGAAGUGAUUCGUUGCAGUCAUUGCCCGACAUUUCAUACAAUUGCAAGUUCAAAGCCAGCCCCCACUUCCAGCGGGCAAUGGAGCAAAUUAUGGGAACUGAUGAUAGGUUGCCCGAAGGGGGUAAUGGGACGCUGCCUCUAGAACGGCCUAGGACUCUUGCGACAAGAUACACGUUUUAAUCAUUUUGAAGCGUGUUUGUUCGUGGUGUGUUAUGUAGAUGCUCAAAGAUUUUAAGGAAAUUUUAGGCCAAGCAGUAAAAAGUUAAGUUCCCAGUAUAAGCUCGGCGCAUGUCUCCUUUCCAAGAGUGUUUAUGUACACAAUUUACAAACAUGCUAUUUUCAGUAUUGAAUAUGCGAAGAAUUUACUGAAAAGAAUUCGUGUACUGUUGUAUGUUGAUAUUUCUUUAACAGUGUUUUAAAGGGUUGUUUAUCCUGACUAGGGUUUAUAAACCAUUCUAACUAACGCUCAACUCGGUCAACUCUUAGUUGAGCUAAAUCGUCAAUUCUCCGAUCGUUUUCUCUCUCAGUUUAUUUCUUUGAUAAAUAUACACCACAAACUAAAUGCCAUAAAAGCUAGUAGUUUGAAUUUCGCAGUGCUUAAAGGGGGCUUUUCUAGGUGCCCAAAGAUCCACCUUUCAUAUACUUCACUACCUUUUUUGUUUUAACAAUUUGGAUUUGAUUUUCGAUAAAAAGAAAGAAGAGCACAAGAACCAGAAUCGCGGCAAAGAAUGUCACCUAGAAACAAUUAACUUCUUGCGUUGUGCAAGCACAAGAAAUACUGUUCAUGUUCUUUGAUGUUAUUUGCAUCUAAGCUUUUCCGAAUUCCCCCAUAAUGCAACCUUCGCCAUAAGAAGAAUGCAGAAUAUUGAAUCCCCAAGGCAAAUAUUUCAAACUAGCUGGCGCCUUUCCAAGACCCAACAGGUGCAAUUAAUAUCUUUACAAAUAUCAUAUUUAAGUGCAAAAGAACCAGACAUUUUACCAAGGAAACUGUUUAAACUUGGUGUGGCACUUGCAUAUGUAAUGCUUAACGUUGAUAUGUUUCUUUUAAUGUCAAUAUUGUACAUACAAGCAUGGCUCGAGAAAUGAAUCCUGAUCGGCUAAAAAGCUGUAAACAGAUUAAAAGUGGACGAAUUUCUGUUGUAAGAUAUAGAAAGACUUAUACCUAAGUAAAAUUAACAAGGU